UUUUAUUAUAUUUGAUUCAAAGAUUUUGAAGAUUUUAAUUAAUUCAAUUCUUUCCUAAUGUUUAUUCCUUCCUAUUUAUUUUUUUUUUAAAACAGGAUCAAAAAAAUAAAAUUAGCUCAAUGAUAAAAUAAGAGAUCUCUAAAAACAUAUAUUAUUCACAAAUCCAAAUACCACUUUCAAAAAAUCUAAAAAUAAUUAUGGACAAGAACGGUUAUUCUCCUUUUACCAUGAACGGUCGGUAUUCGAUACCCCACAUGACCCCAUCCUCUAAACCUCCCUCAAAUUAUUCCUUUGACGACGAUUACGUUAACGCACCCUCGUCCGCUUUCAAUAUUUGCCGGGUAGCGUCUAACGAUCAAUUACACGCAUCUCCCAACAAAUUUAUAAUUGAGGCCAGAAACUCGAAUCUCCUCCGUAGCAAUCAUAAAAUCAAUUCUUGUAAUAACAAUCUCGACCCGUCAUCGAAUCCGGAUGUUUCGAACAAUUCUCCCCAUUCCUCGAACAGCGCACUUUUUAAUAGCAGACUCCUCCGUAAUUUCAGCAAUUUAUACGACGUUGACCCACCAGAAGCGCCCUCAGCGUUAUCGAACGACAAUUUGCAAGCGGAAAACCCUACGAAUAACCCGAAGAACGGCAUAUGCCUUUUACCAGUCCCUGGGACCUUACUUCCAUUGGGCCUAAAUAGCUCCACUAAUUUGGGAGUAGUUAGCAACGUCAGCAAUUCCACCACUAAUCCCAAAUCCUGGGCUUUAAAGCUGUCCCUCAACCUUUGCUUCCAAUCCGAAAAUUUUAGAUCUUUCGCCGCUCUUAUCUCGGAAUACAAGAAAAGCAUAUCUUCCUCAUCAAUCGCGCCAAAUAAUCCCUGCAUAGAUAGCGGUAAAAAUAAAAAAAACGGCAUGAGUCACAGCAGUCCUCUAGACCAGCACAAAUGUGCCGAUGCCCGUUGCUACGCCAAUCACAACUGUUCGGCCAGUUGCGGUUCCUCGAUAUUCCCUCUACAAGAAAAGUGCCACCAGAUGUUGCACGGUGGCGUUCGCAAGGGGGCUCUGAUAUACGGUAACGUGAGUGAUUGUAUGGGCCGAGCGGCUCGCAAGAUAGAAACCAACCAGGGCUUUAUCUCCGCUCGACAAUUUGCGACUAGCCGGCCCCAACUAUCCUUCGUGCUAGCUGUCACCUCUUUUUUCCUCUUAUUGCCGCUUACCACCUUUCUAAGCUUCGUAAUUGGCUCGUUUUGCGUCACUUUUUUUGGGUUCGUUCUAAUUGAAGGCACACUGCUUUCUAUAGCCACCAUGAUAGCCCUUUCCGUCGUUAUGGUACUGGGUGGCAUGGGUCUCUUUUUUUCUCUUUUCCUCCUCUCUGCCUUUGUAAUAACGUCGAAACUGCUCAACUUUUUUCGGCUUAGCGUCAUUCCCCAAUCAAGAUGCCGGGCCCAAUCACUUUACAAGUCCAUUCAUUCUCUCUCUGGGGGCACUUGUCCAUUCGCCAAUCACAAUAUAUUAGGAUUUUCUGGCGACGCCAAUAAUACCGCGGUAAAGGAAAUCAACGAUCCUAGUAAUAAUAACGAAUUGGGCAGCGAAAAAAACAAUGUAUAUCACAUAAACUCGUCCAGUCACCGGCAUAUCAGGCCCGCUGGUGGACCCGCAACUACAAACUUUUAAAAGUGACAAAAAAUAAUAUUCUUUCCUAGGAUUAAAUGGCCGCUUCCGUAAUUUUUAUUUCCAUAUCUCCUAGUGUCAAUUUUGCGAUAAUUUUUUUUUUAAAAAAUGAAUCCACUUUUCCCUUUAUUACCUAAUUUGUCCACGUUUCGCUUUCGCCAAAAUCAUGAUAUGAAAUAUAAAUCUCUUCUUCAAAACCACGACAAAAUAAAAUUAACGAAAAUAAGUGUGAUACAAUUAAUUAUUUUAAAAAUAAAUUACCAUUAUAAAUUUGGUCUUUUUUUUAAAAAAAAUAUAUUAUUUAUAUUUAUAUUUUAUUUUUCCCUAUAGUUCCAUUAGGAUAAUUAGUUUUUUUUCUAUUUAAAAAAAAAUCAUGUUCAAAAAUAAAUUUCUUUUCCAAAUUAUUGAAAAAAUAAAUAUUUAUUUUAUUCACCCCCUCCUUCAACAAUUGGCAUACUUAUUGCCGUGCGACAAGGCUCAUAUAUUAUCAGUAUUUACUGCUAAAAAAAGUCAUAUUAAUAUAAACUUUUAUAUUGGUAUCAUUUCCAAUUAGAGUUACCUAUAUUUUUUUUACACCUUAUUAUUAUAAUGAAAUUAUUCUUUAAUUAUUAUUUUAGUGCAUUACAAGUGAAAUAUUUUAUUUCUUAAAAAAAAGAUUUAUAUUUAUUUUAAAAAAAUGAUUAUAAAUAAUAUAAAAUAUUAUACUAUAAAUAAUAUAUUAGUUAUUUAAAAUUUUUCCCCUUCAUGGAUUAUUUUCAUUUUGAUCGAUUUUACAACAACCACCCACUUUUUACAAUAAAAGAGUAAUUAUUUUACGUAUCCGCAAUAUGUUACACUAUUAUAUUUUAAUUUGUAAAGUAUUAUGACGUUUUUUCCCCUUCUCUCUUUUUUGUAUAUUUAUAAUAUUAAAAUCGAUAUUGAUAUUAUAGAUUCAUUUGGAAUUUAUAUACAAUGAUUUUAAUCCUAAUAAAAUAUGAUUGUUGUAAAACAGGUUUUGCGGAAUAGGAAGGGCUGAGGGGAGAGAAAUGAAUACUAAGUACUUUCCUUGUGGAGUUUAUAAAAAAAAUGAUAUAUAUAUAAUUUUUUAAAAAAAAUAAGCAAUAAAGAUGACUUAGAUUAAAUUUAAAAUUUACCGCUUAUCAGAGUGGAGCUAGCUCUUAUUUAACCUCGAUGAUUCAUUGAGUCUUAUACGUAGGUGUAACCCAUGCAGAUCUGCAAAGGGGGGGGUGAAAAUUUUUUUUGUUCAGGAUUUGGCCGGACCGGACAAAAUACUAUGAUUUUUAUUCGCCAUUUUAAUAGGGAUCCGGCAAUUUAUUAAUAUCGGUUUGUA